GGUAAGACUUUGUCUCCACGGGCUAUAAUACGCGUCCAGCAUUCCGCGGAGGUAAAAACUGACUCACUACCGUGAAACACAAUUCUAGCAGAGAAAUAUCACACAUAGAGUUUUUUAUUUUUUGAUCUGCCAAAAUGGCCGCACCACAAAAUCUCACCCUCGCAGUCUCCCAAUCUCACACUCUGGCUACCACUGCUGAGACCCUCGAGGCUUUGUCACAACAAUGUCGCAAGGCGGCGAAGCAGAGCCCCGCUCCUGACUUGAUACUGUUCCCCGAAGCAUAUCUCGGUGGGUAUCCGCGGGGAGCGGAUUUUGGGGCGGUGGUCGGAUCCCGUGAUCAGAAAGGUCGAGAACAGUUUUUGAAUUAUUUCAAGGAUGCUGUGGAUAUGGGCGAUACGCCUGAAGGGGCGGGAGACAAGUGGGUGAAGAGGGAAUUAGAGGGACAGGGAGAGGGAGGUAGUCAUGUUAGGCGAGGAGAUGGGACGCGCGAGGAACUGGAGUUGGUGGCGAGGGAGACGGGGAUUUUCAUCGUGACGGGGUUUGUGGAGAGAGCGGGAGGAACACUUUACUGUGCUGCGGUUUAUGUUUGUCCGAAGUUAGGAGUAAUCGGUAAAAGGAGAAAGGUGAUGCCAACAGGAAGCGAACGCCUAGUAUGGGGACAAGGACAACCAUCCUCCCUCCGCGCCGUAACCACCACGAUCAAAGGCGUAAAACUAACCCUCGCAGCUGCCAUCUGCUGGGAAAACUACAUGCCGCUAUUGAGACACUCCCUCUACAGUCAAAACGUCAAUCUCUAUCUCGCGCCAACGGCCGAUAAUCGCGAUGCCUGGACCGCACUGAUGAGAACGGUAGCGUGCGAGGGCCGAUGCUUCGUCCUGAGCGCGAAUCAAUGCAUCAAGAAGCAAAACCAACCCGCUUGGAUCUACGGCGAGAAAUCCGAAAGCGAGGAAUACACCUCUCGAGGGGGGUCUUGCAUUAUUUCUCCACAGGGAGAGAUUUUGAAAGGACCGCUAUGGGAGGAUGAGGAUGGGUUGAUUACUGUGGAGGUUGAUUUUGAGGAUUGUGUGAGAGGGAGAUUGGAUUUGGAUGUUGCGGGGAGUUACUCAAGAAAUGAUGCGUUUAAAUUAACGGUAGCUGGACUUGAUAUCAGUCCUCCUCUUUGAAAGAAUGGCGAGGUACCUGGACUUAUAUUGAAUGAUCUUACCUGUUAAAUACUUUGAUUCGAGGCCCCUUCCAAAAGCGUGUAAUCUAAGUAGUUAGGAGAAAUGUAUCCAGAUCAACCAUCGUGCUGGCGCGUAUGAAUACAUA